ACUGAUAAAGAAGAUGGCCACGUCAACUCGUUCGGGGCAAUGUGCGUUUUGCAAAGAUAACGCCUUUUUACCUUCCUGCUUACCCACAACUAUGAGGGCACGUUAGCGUUUUAAAAUGUUCGGACGGAAGAACGUAUGGUACUUUCUGUGGAUUUUCCCCGUUGUAGUCAUUGUAUGCUUAGAUCAGCAAUUGCCACCGCAUACAGUAAAUGUGGCACUUAACAAGCCUGCAACUCAACAGGGAGACUAUAACGAUACACAAUGGUGCCAUAAAGAGACUGGUGAUGUUUGUGGUGUGAAAACGGCAAACCUGUCUGUGGAUGGGAAUACAGACACACAAUACUGGAAGGGUUCCUGUUCUCUCGCCGCUAUACAAGACAAACCCUGGUGGCAGGUGGACCUGGGGCAGGUGUAUAACAUCUCCUGGAUCAAGAUAUACAACAGAGCACAACAUGAGUACCGAGUAAACUCAAUGAAAGUAAGAGUGGGGAACACGACCUGUUAUACACACGAUCCAGCGAGACACGUGACUACCGUGAUGGACAUCAGAUGUGUUAACGUGACGCAAGGCCGGCUACUUUCAGUGAGUCUUACGGCUGGUACAUAUCUGAGUCUGUGUGAAGUACAAGUACUGGUAUGUGACGACCAUUGGUUUGGCCCCAACUGCUCGAACCAGUGCCACUGUAUGAACAACGCCACCUGUGACAAGACUACCGGAUACUGUGGCAAUUGGUGUGGAGAUGGCUGGACUGGAAAUGACUGUCAGACAGAGUGCAAUAACUACACGUUUGGUGUUAACUGUUUCAAGAAUUGUCACUGUGAUCAAAACACUACAUGUGCCAAGACAACUGGCUACUGCAAGAGCGGGUGUGCGGCUGGGUGGAUCGGGACUGGCUGUCAGACAGCGUGCCAGAACAACACGUUUGGCCUAAACUGCACCCACCAGUGUCACUGUAUGAACAACACUAAAUGUGACAAGACAAAAGGCUACUGCAAGAACGGAUGUGCAGCAGGGUGGACCGGGAAUGUCUGCCAGACAGAGUGCAAUACUUACACGUUUGGUGUCAAGUGUUCCCAGAAUUGUCAUUGUGAUAAAAACAAUAUCUGUGAUAAGACAACUGGCUUCUGCGAGAACGGGUGUGCAGCAGGGUGGACGGGUUGCGGCUGCCAGACACAGUGCAACAAUUACACGUUUGGUGUCAACUGUUCCCAGAAGUGUCACUGUGACAAAAACACUAUCUGUGAUAAGGCAACAGGCUACUGUCAGAGCGGGUGUGCAGCAGGGUGGACGGGUGGCGACUGCCAGACAGAAUGCAGUAACUACAAGUAUGGUGACAACUGUUCCCAGACGUGUCACUGUAAGGAUAACACUACAUGUAACACGACAACAGGCUACUGUCAGGGUGGAUGUGCAGCAGGGUGGGUUGGUGAUGGAUGCCAGACAGUGUGCAGUAACUCCACAUAUGGUAUCAACUGUAUCAACCAAUGCCACUGUAAGAGCAGUGGUGUUUGUGAGAAGACAACCGGACACUGUGAGAGUGGAUGUGCAGAUGGGUGGACAGGAGAAAGUUGUCAAAAACCGGAGACUGGUCUUAACCCGGCAGUUAUAGGCGGGGGUGUCGGAGGAGCUGUUGCUAUUUUGGUAGUGAUUGCUGGGAUAAUUAUGUACAAAAAAAGAGAUCGAUGUUCUGAGACUAAUACAUCUGAAACAAAGGAUGAAGGAGGACUUAAUAUGUCUGAGAUGAGAAUACAAUCACAACCAGUACCGUACAUCCUUGCAACUGCAGCUCCACACGUGGAUGACCCUGGGGCAGUGUAUGCCAACAUCCGGUCUCGGGCCGUCCGAGUCUCAGAACUUCAACAGUACAUUCAUGAACGAUAUGGCAUCGAUAAGGGAUUUGAAAACGAAUACAAUAUGUUCCCACCAGGAAAGCAACACCCCUGUGAUAUUGGCAACAGUUCUGGAAACAAGGGAAAGAACACAUUCAUCGGAAUAUUCCCUUAUGACCACUCCAGAGUUUUACUGAAGAAACUUCCAGGGAAAGAUCACUCAGACUACAUUAAUGCCAAUUAUGUGCAUGGAUACAACACCGAGAACGCAUACAUAGCAACCCAGGGCCCGAAUCUUGUCACACUUCCUGACUUCUGGAGAAUGAUUUGGGAACACGACAUCAAGCAGAUCGUCAUGCUGACCAACGUGUCUGAAACAGCGAAGAAAAAGUGUGAAGAAUACUGGCCUGAAGCUGGAAAACGUAAACAGUUUGAGAACAUCCUCGUCGUGAACAACGGAGAGACAGCACGAGCCGACUGGGUCAUCAGAAACAUGCAACUUAAACAUAAGAAGACUGGAGAGACGAAGACGGUGUCCCAGUACCACUUCGUCACGUGGCCUGUUCAUGGCGUACCGUCAGCACCAGCCAUUGUAACCUUCUGGAAGAAAGUCUGUCAUGAUAGACGUAGCCAGGAGUCGCCAUUGGUCGUCCAUUGCAGAGCUGGUGUUGGACGGACAGGGACAUUCAUUGGCCUGGAUUUCCUGUUUGACCAAGCUAAGGCUGAGGGUCGGGUAGACUUCUACCAUUGUAUACAGAAGAUGAGGGAAAACAGAGUCAAUAUGAUCCAGACAGCAGAACAGUACCGAUUCCUCCAUGAAGCUGUGUUUGAAGCCACACAGAGCGACUCUUCAUUCUACACAGUGGAUACAUUUGAAAGAGCCUUUCAGACCAGUCAUUUUGCUGACGAAGAGGAAAAUAAACUUAUCUUCAAAGAAAUGAAUUCACUGAAUGCGCUUCGACGGUCAUCUGGAGAAAAGGAGAUUAAAGCAGCCUCGUUGUCGGCAAAUAGAACAAAGAACAGAUCACGAGCAGUAAUUCCCGCCGACAGACACAGGGUAAUGUUAUCGUCCCCGGCUCCAGGCACCAAUGACUACAUCAAUGCUGUGUCUCUACCGUUCUUUGCACACAAGGGCGAGUUUUUGGUCACUCAGAUGCCACUGAAGAAAACAGUGGUGGAUUUUUGGAGGAUGGUAGUAGAGCGAGGCUGCAACCUCAUUGUAGCGCUUGAUGCACCAGACAGUGUGUCAUCAGACGAGGAUGUUGGUGUCUACUUGCCGAAGAGUAAUGAGCCCAUCACCUGCAGUCCAUUCAUUGUUCUUCACAAUGGAGUGAUUACCCCAUAUGAAGGUGUCACGGAGACCUUCCUUACUGUCAAGAGGGAAGGCUUAUACGCGAACGAGGAUAUCACAUCUGUUAGUUUGCUGACGUUCAAUGACUGGCCGAAAGAUCAGGAAGUCCCACCUCAUACAAAGACUGUCAUCAGGUUCCUCAACAACCUUGACCAGAGGAUGAUGAACUUGGCAAGCAAGCCUGUUGUAGUUCACUGCUUUGAUGGUGCUACUCGGAGCGGUUUGAUCUGUUGUCUGAUGAACAUCAUGAGUCGCCUGAAGUUGGACAAAGAAAUCGACAUCCAUCUGUCUGUUAGGGAAUUGAAGCAGCGUAGACGUCAGUUCAUACCUAGUUCCGUCCAAUUGAGGUUUUGCUUUGCAAUAGUGAAGGAUUACCUGAAUGCUAACCGUGUUUCAAGGCACCUGUGAAACUCCCGAUAGCCCCGGCUAUAUCUGCAGAUGUCUACCAUAAGUCUAAAAACAAUUUAUUAGAUCCUGCUAUUGACAACGGGUAGAGAACUAUGAGACAAACUACAGACUACCACCCACAAUCCAACCACACAGAACAACAGACACUGAACACAUCACCAUCAUCAUUUUUCCCACACAAGACACAGAAAAUACAAUCAAUUCUUAUAAAAAAACAGCCUAUAUUUAUAAUACACUGAGAUUUUGGAAAGACGAUACGUCAUACCUUGUGAAAUAUGAAAGUAUAUAUAUAUACUGACUAUAAAAGCCCAGUGUCAACCCUUGCCGAACUUGGCUGGUAUU